AACAUACUUCAUGCAAUAAAACAAGCUAGAAAUUACUUAAGAAUAAGUCAUGUAUCAUAUAUUAUAUCAGACAAAAGCCGGUUUCUAACAAUUUUUAACAUUUUCGUUAAGUAAUGCCACGUUUAAAAAGAUCAUUUUAUUUUAAUGCAUUUACAUAUACUGUGAGUAAUAAAAUUUCAAUUAAUAAAGAGAUAUAAACAUUCACGGACUGAUUAUCAAGAUGCAUCUUUUUGAUACAUGGUUAUGUUUUGGUUUUUUAUCUUUGGUAAAUGGGCUACGUGAAUACGAUAAAAAAGAUUUGAUUACUCUAAGGGAAGAAGUACGAUCUAUGUUUGAUCAUGCUUAUUCGAGCUAUUUAACAUACGCUUAUCCCUAUGACGAACUACGAUCAUUGAGUUGUGAUGGAUUUGAUACAUGGGGCAGUUUUUCAUUGACACUUAUCGAUGCUUUGGAUACCCUCGCUGUAAUGGGUAAUUUUUCUGAAUUUCGACGUGUAGCAGAAAUUAUAAGUGCUAGAGCAGAUUUUGAGGCUAAUAUCAAUGUAUCUGUAUUUGAAACUAAUAUAAGAGUAGUGGGGGGAUUACUUAGUGCUCAUCUUCUAUCACGUAAAGCAGGCAUUAAUUUAGAGCCAGGGUGGCCUUGUAAUGGUCCAUUAUUACGCCUUGCAGAAGAUAUGGCAAAACGUUUAAUUGCAGCCUUUGACACUCCAACAGGAAUGCCAUAUGGCACUGUUAAUUUGAAAUAUGGAGUACCUGAAGGUGAAACAAGUAUCACAUGUACUGCUGGGAUCGGAACAUUUCUAUUAGAAUUUGGAACUUUGUCUAGAUUAACUGGAGAUCCAUUGUAUGAAGAAGUAGCUAUGAAUGCUAUUAAAGCAUUGCACUAUUAUAAAUCAAAUAUUGGAUUAGUGGGUAAUCAUAUAGACGUACUAACAGGUCAUUGGACAGCUCAGGAUUCUGGAAUUGGUGCAGGUGUUGACUCUUAUUUUGAAUAUUUAGCAAAAGGCACUUUAUUAUUCCAAGAUCCACUACUAGCGACAAUUUUUCAUGAGCACAAAGCUGCUAUUGAGAAAUAUAUUCGACGAGAGGAUUGGCAUUUAUGGGUUUCUAUGACAAAAGGUCAAGUAACUUUGCCAGUGUUUCAGUCUUUGGAUGCCUAUUGGCCCGGAGUACUGAGUUUAUUUGGUGAAAUUGGAGAUGCAAUGAAGUCAUUGCACAAUUAUCAUCGAGUUUGGAAACAAUUUGGAUUCACACCAGAAUUUUAUAACAUACCACAAGCAGAAGCAGGUACUAACAGGGAAGGUUACCCGUUAAGACCAGAACUCAUAGAAUCAGUUAUGUACUUAUAUAGAGCUACAGGAGAUCCUUACCUUAUACAGGUAGGAAUAGAUAUAUUAAGAAGUUUGCAGCAUAGUGCUAAAACUACGUGUGGCUAUGCAACUAUCAAUGAUGUUAGGGAUCACCGAAAGGCUGAUAGAAUGGAGUCUUUUUUCUUGGCAGAAACAACUAAAUAUCUUUAUCUCCUUUUUGAUCCUGAUAAUUUUAUUCAUAAUUCUGGUCAGAAAGGAGAAAUUAUAGAAACACAAUGGGGUCAAUGUAUUGUAGAUGCAGGAGGAUAUAUUUUUAAUACAGAAGCACAUCCCAUAGAUCCUGGAGCAUUGUACUGUUGUCAUAGAAGUCAGAAUUUAUUUUCAGACCAAAAAGCGACGUUAUGGAAAUUCAUUCCUGUAAAUGAUAUGAAAGAAAAGGAAAAUAUAGAGCAUGCCUUGUAUCCAAAAGAUAUAAAAGAUACAAACGAUGAUAAACCAAUUGAAAUUGUAAAAUUAUCUGAAAUGAGGCACACUUCUGUAAAUAAUGUAGAGAAUAAUAAUAACAAAAAUUUAAUCAAUCCUUUGCCACUUAUAAAUGGCAAAGUAGAUGAAGUGAUAGCAAUAGAAGAAGAAAGUAAAAUAAACACAAACAAUCCUGAAGCUUUGUCCGGAAGUCUUUGUCAGGAAGAACCUGAAUCUUUGAAAGUACAAGUUGCUGCACCUCCUUCAGGAAUUUAUAAAGCUGAUGACAGUGAAAAUAUUGAUACUUAUGAAACCUAUAGUACUUCUGAUGGGCAUUAUCCUACUUCUGCUACGAAAAAUAACACAGAAUCGUUUAUCAAACAAAACAGUAUAAAAUCGAGAUUUGAACCACAAAUAUUGCUUGAGAACAUUCGAAAAAGAAUUUAUAUCCAACAAAUAAUUCUGCAAAAAUAAAUUAUCAGCUUUUAUCUUGCCAAUCUCAAUCAUUCCUACAACGUAUAUCAAUUAUAGGAGAAUUUUUUUAAUUUUAUAUAUCAAUUGUAUAUACAAGUGUAUAUGUGUAUAUUUUCUGUUAAUCUUUUGUCUUAAAUAUGAAUAUAUUUUAAUUACUUUUUAACGACGAAGUUGUGACAUAUCAUUUGCAAAUACAUGUCUAAGCGAAAUAUUAGUUGUCGUAAAUUGAACUAACAAUUAACAAUAUCAAAUUUUUAGUUAUUAUAGAUCGUAAGAAGCAGUUUGAAAAAAGAAAGAAUUUUCGAUUCUUAUAUUUUCGUAUUUUUAGCAAUCAAUGGCAUAAGUUAAUUAAGUUUAGAAUAAAAAUUUUAUUGUAUAUCGUAACAGUGACCUUGAACUUUCAUGCAUUCUGAUGAGUAAAGCUAACCUACACAA